UUAUUAUUAUUAUUUUUUUUAUUUUUUAUUUUUUUGUCUUUUCUUUAUUUUGACAAGGAUACUCUCUUUUGUUUUAUUUUAUUAUGCCUUUACAAUCGAAGCAUGUUGCCUAUAUAGCUGCCGGUGUGGCUGUUACUGCUGGUGUAGGAUAUUUGAUUUAUUUUGAUCAAAAACGUAGAAGUGAUCCCAAUUUCCGUAAACAACUCAAAAAGGAACGCAAGAAGUUGGCUAAGAAAGAAAAGGUAGAAAAGGAACAAGCUGAACAAGGCAUUAAGGAAUUGAUCGAUCAAGUUGUGGCUAUGGCUAAUGCUGAAACUCUUCCUACCUCACCUGAAGAAAAGGAAAAAUAUUUCAUGACUCAAGUUGCUAAGGGUGAAGCUCUUUGUACACAAGGUCCUAAUUAUUAUCAAGCAGCAGUACUUCCAUUCCUUUUGGCAUUAAAGGUGUAUCCUACUCCUUUGGAAUUGAUCAUGAUCUAUCAAAAGACUAUUCCUGAACCUGUCUUCCAAAUUUUGGUGACCAUCAUGGCUAAAGAACAAAACAAUCGUGUCAAUGCCUUUUAUGAACAAUUCCCUGGUGCUGAAUCUGGAUUAACUUUAGGUGAAAUUCCUGUGGGCAAGAAUCCAGAAGGAAAGACUAUCAUACGUCGUGGCUUGAUGGCUGAAAAGGAAUUUGCUGAAGGUGAUGUUCUCUUUACUGAAGUUCCCUUGGUUUCUGCCUUGUACCCUAAUUUGGAGGGUGUAUACUGUCAUCAUUGUUUAAAGUUUGUGGAUGAACAAAACAAAACAGGAUGUGAUGAUUGUGACUUUGUGAUUUACUGUAGCAAGGAAUGUCAACAACAAGCACAAGGAUAUCACAAGUAUCUCUGUGGCAAGAACUUGAAGAAAAAGGAAGAUAAGACUGAAGAAGAACAAGCUGCUAUUGGUGAACCUGAAGAUCAACAAGUGCCAACAGAUGAAAACGAAACUGAUGCAACUGUUGUGGCUUUCCGGGACUAUGCACGUGAACACAAUCAAAUGUAUCCUUUGAUGAUUGCUGAAUUCUUAUCUGCCAUGGUGACUGAAGAAACUGAAAGAACUAAACGUGGAGAAGCCGAAAAUAACAAGACAUUCACUUCAUGGGAUCAUGUUGAUCGUUUCCGUUACCUAGAUACUCAACCUACUGAAGCUACCAAUCAAGAAAUUAACUUGCUAACAAAAUUAUUAGAUCCUAAGGUGGCUGGCAUCUCUGAAUUUUUAUCAAAUCAAAUUUAUUUAAUGUUGAAGGGUAAACUUUUGUACAAUGCUUAUGCUAUUGAAACUGCGGAUAACUCUUUGGAUAUUCCUGCAUCUCAAGAACAUACUCGUGCUACCUCCUCGGGAAAGAAGAGUGUGGGCGCUGGGCUUUACAAACUAGCAACUUACCUUGGACAAUCUGAAAGCGAAGCCAAUUCAAAGGUGGUAUUCCAAGAUAACAAUCAUCAAUUGACCGUCAUUGCUACCAAGGCUAUUGCAAAGGGUGAUGAAAUCAAAGCUUCUUAUACACUACCGGUACCAACUUCGGCCUCUACUUCUCAAGAAAGACAAAACAAACCAGAAGAAAACAAGGUAGAAACUAAGGAACCUACAGUAUCAUCUGAUGAAAAACAUCAAGUCGAACAGGAAACACCUACAUCAUUAUCAUCAUCAGCGGCAGCCACAACAAAAACAGAAUUAGCAACUGAAAAACAAUGAUUGGAUCCAUUAUAGUUAGAUAUUUUUUAUUAUAUAUCAUAUAUAUAUGUAUAUAUAUAU